AUGGCCAAAGAGGAGACGCGCCAAAAGCAACUCGAUGUUCAGCUUGCAAAGACCGAUCUCGAAAAGAUGAAGCUGCAGGCGAAGAUCGAGGCACAGCGUGCCAAAACACAGUUGAUAGAGAUGAAGCUCAAGCAGAAGCACACACUGGAGCUGGAACGUCUACGCAUGAAGGCACAGCUCAAUCCCAUCCUCGCAUCUUCGAGUCCGGUGUCGUCAUCCUUCCUCCCAGUGCCGUGGAUGAGCAAUCUCUCCGCACACACUUUCGAUGCUGCCAGUGCGAUGAAUACGAAGGAUGGCUUUGAAUGGGGUGGAGAUGCGCUCAGUGGACAACGUAGUAGGCAGGCAGAUGGGGAGAACAAUUGGGCAUGGGACCAGUAG